UCAAGUGGGUCAUCCUUUGUUGUGGCCCCUCCACUUGUUGCUUCUCUCUCUCUCUCUCUCUCUCUCUCUCUCUCUCUGUAUUUGCCUCUUCUUGUUUAUGUUUUCUUCAACUCUCCCCAUGUUCCUUCCAUUUUCCUAUGCCUAGGAACAAGAUCACUUUCUAAAUCUGGGUUGUUUUAAUGCUUCUUGUUUCUUUCUUCUGCUUCCUUAAAGGUGGUGGUGUUGUUGUGAGCUAGCAGCACAAAACCUCUGAAGUUGGUUUUGUUGACCUGCACUGCACGUGUUUGUUUGUUUGUCUGUUAGAGUGUGAGUGAGUGUUUCUCUGUUGCUGCCGGGUCUAAAGGAAGCUGCUUCAUUCCAAUCCAAGCAUCUGGAUCACUUUGAUUGGACAACUAUUCCAAAGUUUAUUGCUUGGUUGAAAUUGUGCUAUGGAUUUGAUUGUUUUGGCAUCUGGGUUUUGUCAAAAAUGAAGUGAAAAAAGCUUCUUUGAACAGUUUUUGAGCUACCCUUUUGACUGAGACAGAUUUGAAGAUUGUUUGGUUGGUCAAAGGGUCAAGUCAUCAAGAUGGUGUUUCCAUUUCUCUAGCAUUGAUCAGGGAAAAGAUAUGAAGAAUCUUCUUAAGAAGCUUCAUAUCAUGUCUGAUCAAUCAGAAAAUGGACAAGGGUCUUCUUCUUCUUCCUCUAAGAAGCAUGUACACUCUCGUUCCCCUCAAAGUUCUGAGCAUAAACCCUUUUCUGGGCUCUCUAAUUGGUUGCAUUCAGUGGCUAAUAGGCAGAGUUCUAGUCCUCCAGCUUUGAAGCAGGGGAGAGGAGAGAAAAUGGAGUCAUCUGACACAGUGAGCAGUGGUGGUGGUUUGGAUGUUGUUUCAGAUUCAGCAGGGCAUGAUUCAGGGUCUAGUGCUUCGAGGGAUCCUGAAGUAGAAGAAGAGUACCAGAUACAGCUUGCUUUGGAGCUGAGUGCAAAGGAGGACCCUGAAGCUGUGCAAAUUGAAGCUGUUAAGCAGAUCAGUUUGGGGUCUUGUGACCCUGAUAAUACACCAGCAGAAGUUGUGGCCUACCGAUACUGGAAUUACAAUGCUCUUGGUUAUGAUGACCAAAUCUUGGAUGGCUUCUAUGAUCUAUAUGGGAUCUUAACUGAGUCAACCUCUGCAAGAAUGCCUUCCCUUGUGGAUCUGCAAGGAAGAUCAAUCUCUAGUAACGUUGCAUGGGAAGCUGUCUUGGUGAAUAGGGCGGCUGAUUUUAAUUUGUUGAAACUUGAGCAAAAAGCCUUGGAGCUGACUGUCAAUUCAAGACCUGGUUCUGAAGUAAUUGUAGAUAACAAUUUGGUGUGCAAGCUUGCAAUAUUUGUGGCUGACUAUAUGGGUGGACCAGUUGGAGAUCCUGAAAGCAUGACAAAAGCGUGGGGGAGUCUUAGUUACAGUCUGAAAGCAACCCUUGGUAGCAUGGUUUUGCCACUUGGUUCCCUAACUAUUGGAUUGGCUCGGCAUCGGGCCUUGUUAUUUAAGGUUCUAGCCGAUAGUUUGGGCAUCCCAUCUCGGUUGGUGAAAGGACUGCAAUAUACAGGCUCUGAUGAUGUGGCAAUAAACUUUGUCAAGAUUGAUGAUGGGAGGGAGUACAUUGUUGACCUGAUGGCAGAUCCUGGAACUCUUAUUCCAUCUGAUGCAACUGGAUCACAUAUUGAGUUUGAUGAGUCCUUUUUUGUUGCCAGUCCUUUAUCAAGAGACCCUGAUUCCUCUCACCUAGCAUCAUCUAGCAGUGGGGUUGGAAGUUCUUCUGGAGAAACUUCAUUUUUUGGGAUGCUGGACAGAGAAAGCAGAUCAAAACAUUCUUCCUAUGCAGAGAAAGAAUCUGAUGUAAGCAGGCGAGCCACAGCAAAGGAGGAAUCAAUGAGACCGUUGGAUGAAUUCACAAGUUCCCACAAAGUUGAGAAGAUCACGGUGCAAGAAGUUUCUGGCAGACCGAAUAAUCCAUAUGUGCUUGCAAGAUCUUCUUCUUGGAGUGAAGGGACCAGUUCCCCUGCAGUACGUAGAAUGAAAGUCAAAGAUUUUUCCCAAUAUAUGAUUGAUACUGCCAAGGAAAACCCUCAAUUAGCUCAGAAACUUCAUGAUGUUUUACUUGAAAGUGGUGUUGUUGCUCCUCCAAAUUUAUUUUCUGACGUUUAUCAUGAGGAAUUAAGCUCCCUAACCGACACCAACUUCCCAACUGAAGAGAAAUAUGAACAUAAACGGGGAAGUGGACAGCAGGAAACUGAGGUUGGCAAUAAUAUUGGUCCUCCUCAAAUUUUUUCUCCUUUGCCUCACGGCAGAUUUCAUCCCAAAGAAAGUUCUGUCAAUCAGCUGGAGAAUUCAAAGCCUGUAGAAGGUUUAGGAUUCGACCUUCCACUCCUUACAAGGGAAGCAGCCGGACAACAUAUACCAACUCAGGUAAAAUAUGGAAAAAAUGUCCCGGUUGCUGCUGCUGCAGCAGCCGCCGCUGCCGUUGUUGCAUCCUCUAUGGUAGUUGCUGUGGCAAAGUCAAGCACUGACUCAAACAUUGAGCUUCCAGUAACGGCAGCUGCUACUGCUGCAGCUGUAGUAGCAACCACUGCUGCUGUGAGUAAGCACUAUGAGCAGAGCAGUCAAAGUGAUGGAGAUAAGGACAGUGAUGGUUAUGAGCUGAAGGGUAGUGGUGAUGGAGUAUAUAGUGCUUUAGGAGCAAAUUUAGAGGGUGAGAGAAGAUCUGAUCGCUCAGUAGUUAGUAAUGAUAGCACAAAAUCUGAUUCUGCUUUAGAUGAAGUUGCUGAGUAUGAUAUUCCAUGGGAGGAAAUCACUCUGGGUGAGCGUAUUGGACUUGGAUCAUAUGGGGAGGUGUACCGUGGUGAAUGGCGUGGAACUGAAGUUGCUGUGAAGAGGUUUCUUGAUCAGGAUAUAUCCGGUGAAUCACUUGAAGAAUUCAUAAGUGAGGUCAAAAUAAUGAAAAGAUUGAGGCAUCCAAACGUCGUUCUCUUCAUGGGAGCUGUAACUCGACCUCCAAAUCUUUCAAUUGUUACUGAGUUUCUUCCCAGAGGAAGUUUGUAUAGAUUAAUUCACCGAUCAAACAGUCAAUUAGAUGAGCGAAGGCGUUUGAGAAUGGCCCUGGAUACUGCUCGAGGAAUGAACUAUUUACACAGCUGCAGUCCAAUGAUAGUGCAUCGUGAUUUGAAGUCCCCGAACCUUCUUGUUGACAAAAAUUGGGUCGUAAAGGUGUGUGAUUUUGGCUUAUCACGUAUGAAGCUUAGCACGUUCCUCUCUUCCAGAUCAACUGCAGGAACAGCUGAGUGGAUGGCUCCCGAGGUGUUGAGAAAUGAACCGUCAAAUGAAAAGUGUGACGUUUAUAGCUUUGGGGUCGUGUUAUGGGAGCUUUCUACUUUGCAGCAACCCUGGGGAGGAUUGAAUCCAAUGCAAGUUGUUGGUGCUGUGGGAUUCCAACAUCGCCGUCUUGACAUUCCGGAUAAUAUGGACCCUGCCAUUGCAGAGAUUGUCAGGAAAUGCUGGCAGACAGAUUCAAAGUUGAGACCUACUUUUGCUGAAAUAUUGGCGACUCUGAAGCCAUUACAGAAGCAAAUUGUUGGUUCUCAAGUGCCUCGACCAGUUGCAUCAGCUAGGCAAGAAAAGGCCCAGCCAUCAGUUGCAGAAGAUCCAGAAAAUUAGGAAAACAAAACAGACAUACAACUAACCAAAUCUUUGUUCAUUUUCUUCUAUAAAGUGGAGUGCAACUACAAGCUGUACAGUAUUUUUGGGGUGAAAAAAAGUGAGUGAAGUCAUCACUUAAUGUUGUGGUUCUUUUCAUUAUUGUCAAAGGUUGUGAAUCUUUCCACACUUGUUCCUUUCCUUUUUUUCUUUCUUUGUUUUCUACUUCUUUUUGUUGGUUUUUCCUUCUGCAAUUGGCAGUGCAGUCAUUGCCAGGUUGCCCUAUUUGUUUGUACACAAUUCUUUGGUAAUUGUUGUAAUCAAUUCUAAGUUUUGAUGUCCAUAAAUAGUUAUGAAAUUUUGCAACUAGAACAGUUGCAACUAUUUAUUUGUCA